AUAUCUUUUUCAGUCUUCGUGUUUGGUUUGAAUUUUUCUUCACACGCUCUCGGGAAGCGGCUUCAUUGUUUCUAUGGAUUUUUUUUAAUAAUAAAAUAAUAUUUUCCCCAGUAAGUACCCAGUCGUAUAUAUUAAGAACAAAUCUCUUGUUUUUCUUUAUCUCCUUGCUCUGCUUACUGAGUAAAAAGUUUUGGGGUUUCUUCCAUGGAUGAUGCUUGAUAUCGGAUUAGGUGAUCUCUGGAUUCCUUCGAUAAUCUAAAUUACUAGUUUUUUUUUCACAAAUUUCAUAGAAAAUGUCUUCAAGAUCACCGAAAGCAUUAGAGCUACAACAAUCGAGGGGUCCGAUUCCUCCACAAGUGACUUUUGCUAGAAGAACCUCUUCAGGGCGCUAUGUGAACUACUCAAGAGACGAUCUGGAUAGUGAAAUUGGAAGCACAGAGUUCAUGAACUACACAGUCCACAUACCUGCUACACCCGACAAUCAACCCAUGGAUCCUUCAAUCUCCCAAAGGGUAGAAGAACAAUACGUCUCAAACUCGCUUUUCACAGGUGGGUUCAACAGUGUAACUCGAGCUCACUUAAUGGACAAAGUGAUUGAUUCCGAAACUACCCAUCCACAAAUGGCUGGAGCAAAAGGGUCUUCCUGUAAAAUCCCUGGAUGCGAUGGAAUUGUUAUGAGCGAUGAAAGGGGUGUUGAUAUUCUCCCAUGUGAAUGCGAUUUCAAGAUUUGUAGAGAUUGUUACAUUGAUGCUGUGAAAACGGGUGAUGGGAUUUGUCCGGGUUGUAAAGAACCGUAUAAACAAACGGAUCUUGAUCAACACAGUGUUGACCAUCGACAGCCUUUAUCUCUUCCAUCAAAUAUCCCAAAUUCUAAAAUGGAGAGAAGGGGUUCCUCAAAGAUGGAAAGAAGGUUAUCUUUGAUGAAAUCAACAAAGUCAGCUUUGGUUAGAAGUCAAACAGGUGAGUUUGACCAUAACCGAUGGUUAUUUGAAACCAGUGGAACUUAUGGUUAUGGGAAUGCUUUUUGGCCAAAAGAUGAAGGAUUAAGUGAGAACAAAAAUGAGCCAACUGGAGCUGAACAGCUUGAGCUUCUUAACAAACCAUGGCGCCCUCUCACUCGUAAACUCAAAAUCCCUGCUGCCAUUAUUAGUCCUUAUCGGCUUCUAGUUUUGGUUAGAAUGGUGGUUCUUGGAUUAUUUCUUCAUUGGAGAAUUACUCAUCCGAAUGAGGAUGCAAUAUGGCUAUGGCUUAUGUCGAUUAUUUGUGAGCUUUGGUUUGCAUUUUCAUGGCUACUUGAUCAACUGCCCAAAAUCUCUCCGGUCAACCGGGCAACUGACCUGAAUGUUUUAAAAGAAAAAUUCGAAACACCGUGUCCUCAAAACCCAUCAGGAAAGUCUGAUCUUCCAGGGGUAGAUGUGUUUGUUUCCACAGCAGAUCCAGAUAAAGAACCACCUCUUGUUACAGCAAACACCAUUUUAUCCAUUCUUGCUGCUAAUUACCCUGUUGAUAAGCUAUCUUGUUAUGUUUCUGAUGAUGGUGGUGCUCUUUUAACCUUUGAAGCCAUGGCAGAGGCUGCAAGUUUUGCAAAUUUAUGGGUACCCUUUUGUAGGAAACAUGAUAUUGAGCCGAGGAAUCCCGAGUCUUACUUCAAUUUGAAACGGGACCCGUAUAAGAACAAGGUGAGGCAGGAUUUCGUGAAGGAUAGGAGACGAGUUAAACGGGAAUAUGAUGAGUUUAAGGUCAGAAUCAAUGGGCUUCCUGAUUCCAUUCGUAGGCGUUCUGAUGCUUAUAAUGCUAGAGAAGAGAUUAAAGCCAUGAAACUUCAAAAAGAAACAGCUGGUGAUGAACUUUUGCAGCCUAUUAAGAUCCCUAAAGCUACAUGGAUGGCAGAUGCUACUCAUUGGCCUGGCACUUGGAUGAUGCCUUCUCCGGAACAUUCCAAGGGUGAUCAUGCAGGCAUCAUACAGGUGAUGUUAAAACCACCAAGUGAUGAUCCACUAAAUGGAACAGACAACGAAGUAAAUCCACUGGAUUUCUCGGAAGUGGACAUCCGCCUCCCACUUCUUGUCUACGUGUCCCGUGAGAAACGCCCCGGAUACGAUCACAACAAAAAAGCAGGUGCCAUGAACGCACUUGUCAGAGCUUCUGCCAUCAUGUCAAACGGGCCCUUCAUGCUCAACCUCGACUGCGAUCAUUACAUCUACAACUCCCAAGCCAUUCGUGAAGGCAUGUGCUUCAUGAUGGACCGAGGUGGGGACCGCAUCUGUUACGUUCAAUUCCCGCAGCGUUUCGAAGGAAUCGACCCUUCCGAUCGUUACGCCAAUCACAACACCGUUUUCUUCGACGGAAACAUGCGCGCCCUCGAUGGAAUCCAAGGCCCUGUGUACGUCGGAACCGGAACGCUAUUCCGGAGGACCGCGUUAUACGGGUUCGAUCCGCCCCGGUCUAAAGACUACCACUCCGGGUUUUCUUGUUUUGGUCGAAAAAAGAAAAGCAAAAGCUCGGUUUCUUCCGCUCCCGAUGAACAUAAAGGAUUGAGAAUGGGCGAUUACGAUCCCGAUUCCGAUUCCGAUAUGAAUCUUUCUUUGUUCCCGAAGAAGUUUGGGAACUCGAGUUUGUUGAUCGAUACGAUUCCGAUUGCGGAGUUUCAAGGUCGACCGCUUGCGGACCACCCUGCGGUCCAAAACGGUCGGCCUCCCGGUGCACUCACGAUCCCCCGUGAGCUUCUUGAUGCUUCUACAGUAGCGGAAGCAAUCAGUGUGAUUUCAUGUUGGUAUGAAGACAAAACCGAAUGGGGGAACCGGGUCGGGUGGAUCUACGGGUCGGUUACUGAAGAUGUGGUUACGGGUUACCGGAUGCAUAACCGCGGGUGGCGGUCGAUUUAUUGUGUAACGAAACGAGAUGCUUUCCGUGGAACCGCUCCGAUUAAUUUAACCGAUCGUCUCCACCAGGUGCUCCGGUGGGCCACUGGGUCUGUUGAAAUCUUUUUUUCUAAAAACAACGCGCUUUUAGCGAGCUCAAAGAUGAAGUUUCUUCAACGGAUUGCUUACCUGAACGUCGGAAUCUACCCUUUCACCUCCAUCUUCCUCAUCGUUUACUGUUUCCUCCCGGCUCUUUCUUUAUUUUCUGGCCAGUUCAUCGUUCAGAGUCUCGACGUCACUUUUCUUGUUUACCUCCUCGCGAUUACCCUAACUCUGUGUAUGUUAGCUGUUCUUGAAAUCAAAUGGUCCGGAAUUGAGCUCGAAGAAUGGUGGAGGAACGAACAGUUUUGGCUGAUUGGCGGCACCAGCGCGCAUCUCGCCGCAGUUCUUCAAGGGCUUCUAAAAGUGGUGGCCGGAAUUGAAAUCUCGUUCACUUUAACAUCAAAAUCCGGGGGUGACGAAGACGAUGAAUUCGCGGAUCUUUACUUAAUCAAAUGGACGUCGUUGAUGAUUCCACCGAUUGUGAUCAUGAUGACGAAUCUGAUCGCGAUUGCGGUUGGGUUUAGCAGGACGAUUUACAGUGCCAUUCCGCAGUGGAGCCGGUUGUUGGGCGGAGUGUUUUUUAGCUUUUGGGUUUUGGCCCAUUUGUAUCCAUUUGCGAAAGGUUUGAUGGGCCGAAGAGGGAGGACUCCGACGAUUGUUUUUGUUUGGUCAGGGCUGAUUGCGAUCACCAUUUCGUUGCUUUGGGUUGCCAUUAAUCCGCCAGCUGGCGCUAAUGAAAUUGGUGGGUCUUUCCAGUUCCCUUGAUUGUGAAUUAGGAAGUUGGUAUAUUCUUCAUUUGUUUUGGUCUUUAAGCUUUAGUCUUACACAUAUUCUUCAUUUGUUAUGUACUUUUCAUACAUGGAUAUUGUUGGCCACAAGUGUUAGUGUUUUAAAUUUCUUCGUUUUUUC